AGUUUGGUUUGCCUGGAAUGUGCUGCCAACUUCCAUAAGUCCUAGCAAAUAAGAGUCCCCCCAGUGGAUGAUGUCUGCAAAUGCCAUUUCUGAAGAUAAAGGAUGGGAGGUGAUGGAAAUGCUGCCUGCUCCCAUUGAACAACCAAGAAGUGCAUCACCUUCAAUCUUGAGGGCUUCUUGUUGCUGCACACAACAUUUAGCAAUGGCAUACAAGAUGAAAGGGGUCUUCAAGGGCCUCAGAGUCAUCUCUCAAAUCUUCGUGGUGAAGGAGCAAGAAAUAGAGAUUGGUUACCCAACAGACGUGAAGCAUGUCGCGCAUAUCGGUUGGGACAGCCCGACAGGCAGUGCUGCUUCUCCUAGCUGGAUGAAUGACAUGAAGGGGUCGCAGGACUUUUCGUCGUUGAACAACUUCGCGCCGUCUACUGGAACCUCCUGGGCUUCUCAAGAUUUUGAUCAGCCUCGAGAUAUAUCACCCUACGGUAUACUCCCCGAAAAUGGCAGUCCAGAGAACACCCCAUACCCAGACAUACCAAAGCCUCCCAGGAAGUCCAGGAGGAAGAAAUCUUCCAAGAACAGUUCGCCGACAGCAUCAUCGAGAUCAUCAAGGUCCUCAAGAUCAUCAAGAUCCAAGGGCUCAUUUUCAUCCAAUCCUGAUACCGUUGAUGCCAACAACAUACAACAUGAAAUCCGGAUCGUGUAGGCCAUCCUAUUUUGUACCCCCUUUCUAAGGAUCCUGAUUUUUUUUUCUAAAAACUUAAAUCUUUGAAAUAGGAAUACACAAGAUCAUUUCAAUUUUCGAUUGAUUUCAAGUUUAGCUGAAAGGAAAACAUUGACUAUAUGAUCUUCAGAUGUGACUUGUAAGAGAUUCAGGGUAAGGCUAAUUAAUUAGUUUGCCAGUGAUUGAUUAUGACAGCUUCGGCUAUUUGAUCCAGGAAAAGAAAAGGUUGUUUUGAGAAUGACAGCUUCUAAUAUAAGGCCAGCC